AUAUUCAGACUGAUUUUUCUUGGUGCUCCUCUCUCCUAGGGUUAGGGUUUCUGAGUUUAGGUUUCUUUGUCUUCGUCUCUUUGUUCUUUUCUGCAACUCUUUCUUUCUUUUUAGCAGCUCUACUCAACAAUGGCGCAGGAGAAUGCUGCAAUCGUUGAUGACCAGAACGGUGGAGUCGAGAACGGCAGCUCCAAGGCCUUUACUUUCUCUGCUCUGAAGCCUCAUCUUACGAUCCCUGAUUCUAAGGCCAACGAGGCUGUUCAGUUUUAUAGAAAUGCUUUCGGAGGAGAGGAACUGAAGAGAGCUAUGUAUCCAAAGAGGAAGGCUGAACAAGAGCUCCCUCUCAUCCUUGCCGCGGAAAUCAAGCUUGGAUCCUCUGUCUUCUUGGUCUCUGACCAGGCCGAAGACUCUGAUGUUGUUGGCUCCGCCGUGUUCUGCCUUGAAACCGAGGAUGUCGACGGCUCCGUCAACAAAGCCGUGGCCGCUGGCGCUACGAUCAUCGGUGAGAUAUCUGAGGGCGAGGGCGGUUGCUGCGGUGGACGCGUUGGGAAGGUGAAAGAUCCCUAUGGUUACAUUUGGAUGAUCAACGCUCCGGCGAAGGAGUGCGGAAACGAGGAGGCUUGAAGCAUUGACCGGUCGUUUGGAGCUAUUAACUGAUUUACUGGUCCCUCCCCUUUUUGUCUAUUUCUUUGCGAUCUUUAUUCUGAAGUUUCAACUUUUCUGACAGAUGGAUUUAAUUGGAUAAUAGUUUCUCAGACAAUGGACGGCUUGGAUGGUUAUAUGCUUCAGAUUGGGGAUGUAAAUUGAAAACUUGGAAUGAUAGAAUGGGAAAAGUUUAGUAGUUUCUGUUUA